GCACGAUCCUCGGGACUAUCUAAGUGGUUCUGAAUCUGAUGAAGAAAUGCAGACAUGAGAGGGGUGCGGCUCAGGGUCUCUAGUGACGUAACGCAAGCACAAGCCAGCGAUGGACUAUAGCCGGACGGACGCCAUCCUGGGUUUCCCUGCAAAACUUUCACCUUAAUCGAAACCAGAUCCACAGAAUGCUGAGUUCCAUUGUCCCCUAUAGCUUGUUGAAGAUGCACUGGAACCCGGAGCACGCCCAGUCCCUGAGCCAGUGGCCUGAGCAGCAUUUGGACGUCUCCUCCACCACCUCCUCCCCCGCCCACAAGUCCGAGCUCUACCCGAGCCGUGGUCGCGGCUCGUACAGCUACGCCUGGGCCAACGACGACAUCUCCGCCCUCACCGCCUCCAACCUGCUCAAGCGCUAUGCUGAGAAGUACUCGGGCGUGCUGGACUCUCCAUACGAGCGCCCGGCCGUGGGCGCCUACCCUGAGCCGGGGGCAUUCGGGGCCCUCAGCGGCGGCCAGAAGAGCGAACUGGAACCCUGGCCCCUCACACACAGCACUGACGGGACGUACUCUUUAGUCCCACCUGACGGCCUGGCCGGGCCCAAGGUGGUGCCUUCGUCUUCGGGCCCCCCCGGUACGGGCACCGUGUCUGCGGCAAGCAGCAACCUGUCAGACUCGGCCUACAGCGGGAGCAGCUCUUGCAGUGGCCCCCACUCCAGUGACUACCCCCCCAGCUACAAUGGCACCUACCUCUCAUCGGGAUACUGCCCCCAAGCCAGCCCAGCACUUCCUCCUGCCCCCCUGCACACGCUGCAGUCCACCCCAACCCUUGUGCCCAGCUAUACGCCCUCUGCCCCCGUGUAUAACUACCCUCCCAGCACCUAUUCCCACCAGACCAGCCUCGCACCCACCUACGCCCACCCGACGGCACCGUACCUCCCGUCUGGCAUAGCUGCCCCUACUCCUAUCACCUCCAGGCCCACCGUGGUAGGGGGCAGCUAUGGUUACCAGAACAGUGGUCUGGGGGUAUCAGAACCGGGGAGUUCACUGAAGAGAAAGGCAUUUGAGAUGACCCUGGAAGAAGAAGAGAGCGAUGGCUCACGCUACAGGAAGUAUGGCUUUGACCCCCUGAAGCCAGGCGGAGAUUCGCCGUUCGGCGUCGCCGAGAAAGCAGAAUGCCGCGGUAACGGCUUCGCCCCCGCCGGCUCAGAUCCGCAGGCCUUCAAGCCCAGCAGACCUGCCUCUCAGUCGGGCCUAGGCGGCGACGAGGUGGGCAAAUACAGUGGCCUGAAGCCUCUGCUCUCGCCCCCGUAUGGUGCGGCAGGAGACUACAGCCCCCCGGCGGCCAUGGCGGGCGAAAAUGGGGCAACGGAGCACGGCUUCACGCAGCACCGCUCGCACAAGCGCUCGGAGGCGCCCAAGAGUGCCGACCCGCGCCUGCCGGAGGUGGUGAGCGGCGAACUGCAGGACUGCACCCCGGCCCUGCUGUGGGGCGACCUCGCCGGCCACGCCCACGUCAAGGCCGCCCUGGAGGAGGACGUGCUAUGGCCGGUGCUACGGCCUAGUCCAGGCGCCCGGCCGCCCCGCUCCAUCCUGCUGUUUGGCCCGCGGGGCGGCGGGAAGACCACGCUAGCCCGCUCUCUGGCGCACCAGCUGGGUGCCGGCUUCUACCGGCUCAGCAGCGCCGCCCUUGUGUCCAAGUGGAAGGGUGAAGCCGAACCCCUCCUAGCCACGCUGUUCUCCGUGGCGGCACGCCAGCCCGCCGUGGUGCUGCUCAGUGAGGUGGAGGCCAUCGAGGAGGAGGAGGGGCUCCGGCAGCAACUGCAGACCCAGCUGGAAAAGACCCAGCACGGGCAGGCCACUGGACCGCUGCUGGUGGUGUGCUCCACCCGCCGGCCGGAUCUACUCAAGGAGCCACUGCUGCGCUGCGUGGCCAAGCGCUACCACGUAGGUUUGCCGGACGGCGGGGCACGCAGACAGGUGGUCUUGCAGGCCCUGGCGCCGCAGGGCUGCACUCUGAGCGAGCGCGAGCUGGCUGCUGUGCUCCAGAGGGCCGAGGGCUUCUCUGUGUUGGAGCUGCUGCAGCUGUGCCAGCAGGCCAUGGCCUCGGCGUCUGUCUCCGCUCCUGGCCAGAUGCACUCCCUCUCUUCACCCGCAUUCAAAGACUUCGAGAACGCCUUCUGUAAGGUACGGCCACAUGGUGCCCCCAAAGACCCUGACACAUGCAUGGAGUGGAGUAAGAUGUACAGCCACUGAGACACAGACAGGUCAGCCAUUGGACUGGAACUGCACAGCUUGUCUUUGUGUCGAGGGGUGAAGCCUCACUGAGGU